AUGCAGAUCUUCGUGAAGACCCUUACCGGCAAGACCAUCACCCUUGAGGUCGAGUCGAGCGACACCAUCGACAACGUCAAGUCCAAGAUCCAGGACAAGGAGGGAAUUCCCCCUGACCAGCAGCGUUUGAUCUUUGCUGGUAAACAGUUGGAAGAUGGUCGCACUCUGUCCGACUACAACAUUCAAAAGGAAUCCACCCUUCAUCUGGUCCUGCGCCUGCGUGGUGGUAUGCAGAUUUUCGUCAAGACCCUCACUGGAAAGACCAUCACCCUUGAGGUUGAAUCCAGCGACACCAUCGAUAAUGUCAAGUCGAAGAUUCAGGACAAGGAGGGUAUCCCUCCCGACCAGCAGCGUUUGAUCUUCGCUGGUAAGCAGUUGGAAGAUGGUCGCACUCUGUCCGACUACAACAUCCAGAAGGAAUCUACCCUUCACUUGGUCCUUCGUCUGCGUGGUGGUAUGCAAAUUUUCGUCAAGACCUUGACCGGCAAGACGAUCACCUUGGAAGUUGAAUCUAGCGACACCAUCGACAAUGUGAAGAGCAAGAUCCAAGACAAGGAGGGCAUUCCCCCCGACCAGCAGCGUCUCAUUUUUGCUGGAAAACAGCUUGAAGAUGGCCGUACCUUGUCCGAUUAUAACAUCCAGAAAGAGUCCACUCUCCACUUGGUCCUUCGUUUGCGUGGUGGUAUGCAGAUAUUUGUUAAGACACUCACCGGAAAGACGAUCACGUUGGAGGUGGAGAGCUCGGAUACGAUCGACAACGUCAAGAGCAAGAUCCAAGACAAGGAGGGUAUCCCUCCUGACCAGCAGCGUCUGAUCUUUGCGGGCAAGCAGCUCGAGGACGGGCGCACGCUCUCUGACUACAACAUCCAGAAGGAGAGCACGCUGCACCUGGUUCUCCGACUUCGUGGUGGAAACUAG